CUCUCUCCCACCCGCUGCAGCUGGUGCCAGGCUUGAACUUUGCUCCCCCCACCUUUCCUGGGAUGCCAGAUGGUUACUGGGAAACUGGGGGCUGGGACUGGGAGUGGAACUGUUUAUGGCAUCUGCUCCAGAUGCAUCACUAGCCCCUGUCUCUCUCCUUCCAUCCCAGGGAUCGACUUCAAAAUCCGGACAGUGGACAUCGAUGGGAAGAAGAUCAAGCUGCAGGUCUGGGACACAGCGGGACAAGAGCGCUUCAAAACCAUCACAACAGCCUAUUACCGUGGAGCCGUGGGCAUCAUCCUUGUGUACGACAUCACUGAUGAGAAAUCCUUUGAGAAUAUCCAAAACUGGAUGAAAAGCAUCAAGGAGAAUGCCUCUGCCGGGGUCGAGCGUCUCCUCAUCGGCAACAAGUGCGACAUGGAGGCCAAGCGCAAAGUGCAGCGGGACGAGGCCGAGAAGCUGGCGAAGGAGCACGGGAUCCGCUUCUUCGAGACCAGUGCCAAGUCCAGCGUAAAUGUGGAAGAGGCCUUCAGCACGCUGGCGCGGGACAUCCUGCAGAAAUCCUCCCGGAAAGCGGUCACGCCCCUUCCCGUAACGCCCUGUCGUUCAAGCAUGUCCCGUCCCUCAAGUCCCGCCCCCGUACGAAACUCCGCCCCUCCACAGCCUCGCCUCCUAUCCAGGCACUGCACCUUGCUGCCGCUCCCCGCCCUUCCCGUCGUCCCCUGCUUCUCCCAGCGGUCCUCGCGCGUGAAGAUGGCGGCUCCGUCAGAAACGUAG